CUACGAUCCCCGUAGGAGCCAGGUUUUUCCUCUCCUCCCUAUUAAGUGUAUUUUGGCCAGGCUCAUUUCCACGGUUGAAAGGUGUUUUAAAACCAUCACCCUCGCAGCCGCUAAGGAUGCGCCGGGACUCGCUAGGUCCGUUGGAACGAGGGAAGCUCGAGAGCUUGCUGCCCUCCUCAGAGAGCGCGCGAGGGAGGGACGCCGCCAUACGCCUCCAGGACUGGGAGGCCGGCCGGCCGGUUUGGCUUCGCGUCCCCGCCCCCUUCACGCUCUCUCUCUCUCUCUCUCUCUCUCUCUCUCCGGCCUCGCGGCUCCUCAGUCUCGGGGUUCUCCUUCCAGGGAGCUCAUCCUCGUCUCCUCCCCCUCCUUCGCAGCGGAAGUGACCUCCGCGUCGCCCGCCUGCUCUGCCAGCAGUGUUGGGCGGCAGCCGCGGGAGACGGCGACAAGGUCGACGGCGCUGCUUGGUUCGUUCGCUCGCUCUGUUGCUUCGUCACCAGGAGCCGCUGUGUGACAGACGCUCGAGGCAGUCGGAUUCGGUAGCCGGGGCUAGCCAACAGCCGGGCCGAUCCGACGGGCGACGCAAAGAAGCCGCAGCAAGCCGAGUCUUCGGGGCGGCGGGAGACAGGCGGUUAUCCAACGGGACAGGAAGGAGGCGGCCAUGGCUGAGGCCGGCGUUGGUGCCGAGCCGCCGCCUUCCUUACCGCCACCACUACCGCCUCCAGCCGUACAGAAGGAACUGGUGUACAAUAAGCUGCUACCCUACGGCGACAAGCUAGAAGCCGAGGCCAGCUACCUCCUUUCCCAGAUCAAACUGAACCUCAGCCGCGCUGUUCAGCUUCAGGAGCUCUGGCCCGGCGGCCUCUUCUGGACGAGAAAGCUUUCCACGUAUCUCCGGCUGUAUGGGAGAAAGUUUAGUAAAGAAGAUCAUGUUCUUUUCAUUAAGCUGUUGUAUGAACUAGUAACUAUUCCAAAAUUGGAGAUCAGCAUGAUGCAAGGUUUUGCUCGACUUUUAAUAAACUUGCUGAAAAAAAAAGAACUUUUGUCAAGAGAUGAUUUAGAAUUGCCCUGGAGACCACUUUACGAAAUGCUGGAACGUAUAUUGUAUUCUAAGACAGAACAUCUUGGAUUAAAUUGGUUUCCAAAUUCAUGUCGACCAGGCUUGUCUUCACCUAAAACAUUUGUGCUUAAUGUUUUACAUAGGUGCUCAGUAGAAAGUGUUUUGAAGACUCUUGUGAAAAAUUGUCGGCUUUAUUUCCCAGAAAGUGCCACAGCGGAGAUGUUAGAUGAAUGGCGACCAUUAAUGUGUCCUUUUGAUGUCACCAUGCAAAAAGCUAUCACAUAUUUUGAACUGUUUCUACCUACCACUCUUCCUCCAGAGUGCCAUCACAAAGGUUUUAAGCUCUGGUUUGAUGAAUUUCUAGGCCUUUGGGUUUCAGUUCAGAAUCUUCCACAAUGGGAAGGGCAUCUGGUCAACCUUUUUGCACAUUUGGCCGCUGAUAACAUAGGAUACAUCAACUGGGAUCCCUAUAUUCCAAAGAUAUUUACUAGAAUACUGCGUAGCUUGAAUCUUCCAGUAGGAAGCAAUCAGAUGAUGGUUCCACGAUUCCUAACAAAUGCUUAUGACAUAGGGCAUGCAGUUAUGUGGAUCACAGCUAUGAUGGGUGGACCAAGCAAGCUUGUACAAAAGCAUUUGGCUGGAUUAUUCCAAAGUAUUGCAUCUUUCUAUCAUCCCUCAAAUAAUGGUCGCUGGUUGAAUAAGCUAAUGAAGCUACUUCAGCGUCUACCCAGUAGUAUAGUCAGAAGACUGCAUCGUGAGCGCUAUAAGAAGACGAGCUGGCUGACUCCUGUGCCUGAUAGCCAUAAGCUUUCUGAUCAGGACAUAACAGAAUUUGUAGAAUGCAUUAUACAACCUGUCCUGCUGGCAAUGUUUAGCAAAACUGGAAGUUUAGAGGCAGCCCAAGCUCUACAGAAUCUUGCACUAAUGCGUCCUGAGUUGGUAAUCCCACCAGUACUUGAAAAAACAUAUCCCGCACUAGAGACAUUAACAGAACCUCAUCAGCUGACAGCUACAUUAAGUUGUGUAAUUGGUGUAGCUCGUAGCCUGGUAUCUGGGGGCAAGUCAUUUCCUGAAGGUCCAACACAUAUGUUGCCUCUGUUGAUGAGAGCAUUGCCUGGUGUGGAUCCAAACGAUUUUAGCAAAUGCAUGAUCACAUUCCAGUUCAUUGCAACAUUUUCUACUCUCGUGCCUUUAGUGGAUUGUUCAUCAGUACUACAAGAGAGGAAUGAUCUCACAGAGGUGGAGAGAGAACUGUGCUCUGCUACUGCUGAAUUUGAAGAUUUUGUACUGCAGUUUAUGGACAGAUGUUUUGGACUCAUAGAAAGCAGCACAUUGGAGCAAACAAGAGAGGAGACCGAAACAGAAAAGAUGACUCAUUUAGAGAGCUUAGUGGAACUAGGACUAUCUUCUACAUACAACACAAUCCUCACACAGUGCUCAAAAGACAUAUUUAAGGUCCCAGAGACAUGUAUUAAAGUUGCAGUUCUCAUGCAGAAGUCAGUGGGUGAAAAUGGUGAAUGUACCAGCCUUAGUUCAGAAGAGAUUGAGCUAGGAAUUCAGCGACAGAAAGAAAGGAAUGCUGAGUCCUCUCAAAAUUAUGAAAAUUUGAUAAAUAUGCUUCUAGAUUGUGUGAAUCAAAGAAAUCUCCCUUGGAAGUUUGAGCACAUUGGCAUUGGUUUCCUGUCCCUACUUUUAAGGGAUGACAGAGUGCUACCUGUAAGAGCCAUAAAAUUUUUUGUGGAAUGUCUAAAUCAUGAUGUCUUGGUGGUUCGCAAGAUGGCAAUCUCUGCUGUGGCUGGCAUCCUUAAGCAGCUGAAAAGGCCCCACAAAAAGAUGCUCAUUUGUCCUUUCCAAAUCAGUGGAUCCCCACAGCCUUCUAAUAUCCAGGCAGGUGACAGAGCUGAUAACCAAUGGCUGCAUUAUGACAGUGCUAAUUUACCAAAGACUAAACAAAAGUGGGAGGCCUGCUGUUUUGUGGAAAAAACACAUUGGGGAUACUACACUUGGCCUCGAAAUAUGGAAAUCUAUGCUUCUGUAGAAGAGCAACCAAAACUUGGGAGGAGUAGAAAGGAACUUUCAGAGGCGGAGCAAGUCAUUUAUGAUCACUUUUCUGAUCCUAAUUUUGUUGAGCAGUUAAUCAAGUUUCUUUCUUUAGAAGACAGAAAAGGAAAAGAUAAAUUUAAUCCACGAAGGUUUUGCCUCUUUAAGGGUCUGUUUAGAAAUUUUGACGAUACCUUCUUACCUGUAUUGAAACCACACUUAGAACGUCUUGCUGAAGAUUCCCAUGAAAGUCCUCAACGCUGUGUGGCUGAAAUUAUAGCUGGUUUGAUAAGAGGGUCUAAACAUUGGACAUUUGAAAAGGUAGAGAAUCUCUGGAAAGUUCUCUGUCCACUUCUUAGGACAGCUUUAUCCAAUAUUACAGUAGAAACUUACAAUGACUGGGGGACAUGCAUAGCAACUUCAUGUGAGAGCAGAGAUCCCAGGAAAUUGCACUGGUUGUUUGAAUUGUUAUUGGAGUCUCCACUGAAUGGUGAAGGAGGAUCAUUUGUUGAUGCAUGUCGUCUGUAUGUUUUGCAAGGGGGUCUUGCACAACAAGAAUGGCGAGUGCCAGAAUUGCUGCACAGAUUGCUGAAAUACCUAGAGCCUAAGCUCACCCAAGUUUAUAAAAAUGUCAGAGAGAGGAUUGGAAGUGUUUUGACAUACAUCUUCAUGAUAGAUAUUUCUUUACCAAAUACUGCACUAACAAAGUCUCCCCGUGUCCAUGACUUCACUUCUCGAAUACUUGAAAAACUUAAACCUCUUAUGGAAGUGGAUGAAGAAAUUCAGAAUCACGUUUUGGAAGAAAAUGGAAUUGGAGAUGAAGAUGAACGAACUCAGGGCAUUAAACUACUGAAAACUAUUCUAAAGUGGUUGAUGGCAAGUGCAGGGAGAGCUUUUUCUACAGCUGUUACAGAACAGCUUCAGCUUUUGCCAUUGUUCUUCAAGAUUGCACCUGUAGAAAAUGAUCAUAGCUAUGAUGAAUUGAAGAGAGAUGCUAAAAUGUGCUUAUCAUUAAUGUCUCAGGGAUUGCUGUAUCCACAACAAGUGCCUUUGGUACUUCAGGUGCUAAAACAAAUUGCAAAGAGUAAUUCCUGGCAUGCUAGAUAUACUGUGCUAACCUACCUCCAGACUAUGGUAUUUUAUAAUCUUUUUAUCUUCUUAAACAAUGAAGAAGCUGUGAACAACAUCAGAUGGCUGGUUAUAAAAUUAUUAGAAGAUGAACAGCUUGAGGUGAGAGAGAUGGCUGCUACCACUUUGGGUGGUUUGCUUCAGUGCCACUUCCUGGAGAUUGAUAACCCUAUGCAGACUCAUUUUGAGCAGCUCUGUAAAAUGAGACUUCCAAAGAGAAGGAAACGAGACCUCAGUACUGUAGUGGAUACCAUUCCCCCUGCAGAUUUAGUUAAACGUCAUGCUGGCGUGCUUGGACUUAGUGCAUGUAUUUUGUCCAGCCCAUAUGAUGUGCCCACGUGGAUGCCUCAACUUUUGAUGGAUCUUAGUGCGCAUCUGAAUGAUCCUCAGCCUAUUGAGAUGACAGUAAAAAAAACAUUGUCCAAUUUCCGGAGAACUCACCAUGAUAACUGGCAGCAACAUAAGCAACAAUUCACUGAUGACCAGCUGCUUGUCCUUACAGAUCUUUUGGUAUCACCGUGCUAUUAUGCAUAAAAGGGUGAGACUGUGUUGUAAAAUCUGUACCCUUGGGCUAUCUCGGAAUGGUCUUCUUGAUAUCCAGCUUGACAUAGCAAAAUGUCACCUUUCAAACAGUGCCUUGUAAUUUUUAGACUCAUUAAAUGAAACCAAUACUGUCUGGCCUUUUCCUUCCUUCAUAUAAGAAUCUCUUUAGAAUUCUCAUUUAAAAAUAUAAAAUUAAAAAAUAUUACCUUUUUGACUUAAAUUGAAAGAAUAUAAUCAAAUUGGGGCAUGUAUUGAAUAUGGUGUCAAAGACAUUAAAACAUAAUUUUUGCUAUCCCAAAGGUGCCUUUCAAAAGGCAACUGGACUUUCUUGGGUCUUUUUUCCCCUGGAACACAUUUCACUCCUUGUCCUAGAAGCUCUUCAGUACUGACUGAAUGUUGGGGGAUAGAAGAAUUUAUAUUCUUUGCUGUCAUCUGGUCCUUAGUACUCUAAGAGUCAUUGAGGGCCACUUGGAGAUUUACUUGUACCCACAGGGUCAUCUGAAUCAGCUUGCAAAUGGGUGUGGAACCUUCUUGGGACUGCUGAAAGGACUGUAUGGUAGAAACCAAGAAAGUCUAGUUGCCUUUUGAAAAGCACCUUUGGGUAACCAUGAUCUGGAUGAUUGAGAAUCUCCAUAGAUAACUUUUGCUAGUUUUCCACUAUAUUAUCUUGAAAUCAGUUUACAUUAACCUUGCAUUAUAUUUAUUUUAUGUGAUGAUAAAAUGGGGUUCACACUAUAUUUACAUUUUA